CGAGACCCACUGCGGCCUAGAGGGGCUUCCCUCCCCCUUCCUCUCCCUCUCCCCUUCCCCUUCCCCUCCCCUCCCUUCCCCUCCCCGACAGCGCCCCCUACCGGACCGGACCAUCAACCGAGGAGUCUUCGGCUCCUGAAGACCGAGUUUCCCCUCCCCCAGAGCUAGCCACAAGUCGAGAAAGUUCUCCACCUAUACAACCAGCACCGACCGAUGGCCCAGGUAGAGUUUGAGUUGGCAUGCGCGGCAGUCAAGCAGCUGACAGGUCCCGUGACUGAUGAGGAGAAACUGGUGGUGUACAGCUACUACAAGCAGGCCACCAUUGGGGACAUCAACAUCCCCUGCCCGGCGGUCACCGACUUCAAAGCCAAAGCCAAGUGGGAGGCUUGGAAUUGCCGAAAAGGGAUGUCCAAGCUGGACGCCAUGAGGGUCUAUGUGUCCAAAGUGGAAGAACUGAAGAGAAGGCAGUGUUAAGGAGACCACCUUCCCUGAGGGGAAGAACCAACUUAGUCUUGUUAUGGAGGGCGACUGAAUUCCUUUGAGACCAUAGGAAGCUAGCUAGGAACUAACUAAUAAAGCA